CGGGGUGUUCUAUUUGUGAUUGAGUUUAUUAUUAUUUUGUAGGUAAGUACCUGUAUUUUUAUUAUUCCUUUGUUAUUUUCUAUACUUAAUUUUAAAUUUAGAAUUAUUUAUUAUUAGAUUUAGGUUUUAAGUUUUACAUAAUUUAUUUUACUUGAUACAAUUUUAACCAAUAGGCUGAUUUGGAUGUCUAGUUAGUCACCCGCUGUUUCCCAAGCCUUACACCAGCAGCCGUAGCAAAGCGAGCGGCCCGCGGCAAUCGGCCCGCGACCACCGAGGAGAUAAAAACGAUUGUCGACCCCGGGCCCGGCUAGUGCUCGCCUGGCCGUGAUGCGACCAUGCUGGCCCGCGCCAUGCCAAUCCCUGCGGACGCAUGCGUGUCCAUGCGCAUUGUUAUCGUGUUAGUGCUUGUGUUGUGCGAGUGUCGAGCCAUCCGAGUCCCUGUCGCGUGGGGCGAAAGCAAAAAUAGUGAAGUGAAAGAAGUUCCAGUGACACUGCAGCAAUCUCAACAACAAUCUAUCCCGUCUGAAUAUUUUGAAUAUAAGGCUCAUAAACCUCAGUUUGCUGUUGAUGUUGCUAAAUUCCAUGGUGUUCAAAAUCCAUAUGAGCAUUAUAAAGCGUAUCCUGUGAGACCGUACACUGGUAAACAUAAACCGGAAUUAGGGAUACGUCAUAUGCUAGAUGAAGACAAAGAGAUAUAUAAACCGUUUCAGCAAUAUGUAAGUGGUAAUGAAGAAAUACAAAGUCAAAUUAUUCCUACAUCGUCGAGUUAUGAAGUAUUCCAUCCAUAUAAAGCCGAGGAGCCAGCCCUUUACGAUCUGUACAAAGACCCGGUUUUAGACAAAAUAAGAAGUGAUUUAGAAAAUAGCAAAACCAUGGCACAAAAAUAUGAACAAGAAGCGGGAGAACCAAAUAUUGAAGAAGGUGAAUAUUUAGAGAGCCCAGAGCAAACCGAUAAAAAGAAAUUUCCUCACAAGAAUAUCCCAGCUCCUUACGAGAUCCACCGACCCUUACGACGGCCAGUAUACUAUAGAGCCCCACCAAAAGCUGCUACACAUGAACAAAUAUUAAAUCAGAAAUUUAGACACCCGUGGAACCAAAACUUUGUGAAAGUUAGACCGCUUCAUUAUCGACCAUUGAAAUCUCAUCUUCACAAUUUAAGGCAACACCAUGCUUUGAAAUAUGAUGAUGAACAUAAUGAGUAUCCGCAAGUUCCGCCAUCAGAAAAUUUUGCAGAACCGCCUGAUGGCUACGAUAUUUAUUUAAAAGGUCAAGAACGAUAUAAUAAACUAAGAAAUAAUGUAGAUGAGUCCAUCAAUAAAGCCGUCUUACAUAAUCGGCCCCCUGCUUACGAAAGACUUGAACUGCAAAACAAAGAUAACAAUGAAGAAAGUGAUGAAAAUGAUUUUGUACCCAUUAAAAGUUACGCUCAAGUCAGGAAGACUGAAACUACUAAACAUUUGCCUAAGGCAGCAGCGUUAGCAGAUGCUAUUAGUUAUGACGAUAUAGUUAAUGCUCACCGUUUGAGAGAAGCUGUGAAGAGUACUAAAGCUCAAACAGUUUACUCCGAAGAGGGAUACGAAGACGCAGCAUACGACCAUGCCGGUGAACAAAAACAUGCGUCUGAUCACGAGGGUCAUGGUGGUUUCCUGAAAGAAACAGAAAUCAGUGGAGGAAAAUAUAAAACGCCUUCCUUUAAUGGUAAAUACCAAGAUUCUAGUGGGUCAGUUUACAGAGAUAAGAAGCACCACGGCAAAAAAUGGAAGGAGGACAACAAAGACAAAGACGAUCAAAAUGACUCUGAAGAUUAUGCUGAAGACGAAAAUGAUAAUUUUGAUGAAGAAGAUGCCUAUGGCAAUGUCCCAGAUGAUGAUGUGCGACACAAGCGAGAACAUGACUCCAAAAAUGACCAAGACAAUGAAAGCUCUAAUGAUUCUCCGGUUCAUGAACAAGAUGAAAAUAUCGAGAAGAGAGAAGGCCCAGAAGAGGAAAAGGAGGGAACUGUUGAACAAGAUUCUGACAAUUCGUCGAAUUAUGAGGAAUCUAGGCAUAAAAGAGAAGAAAAAUUAGCAACGACCACUAAUCUAACUGAAGCAGAUCAUGAUGUCAAUAAACGCGAAGCGAACUUUGAAAUUCCGGAAUUUGAUUUCAACUCAACAUUUUUAAGUGAGGAAGAAUUAAAUAAAAUUGCAAAGCUUAAGUUACCUAAGAAAAAAAAGAGCAAUUUGAGAGAAAAAUAUCCAUACUACUUUAAAAAACUAAAGUCCGUGCAUAAAGACUCUCCACUACGCUAUGCUGAAAAUUUAAAACUGAUGCCUGUUAAAUCUAAAGGAGGCACAGAGUUUUAUGACUCACGAUCAAAUAUAGAAUGUGCCGAAGUCGAUGAUGAAAUCGAUCCCAUACCAGAAAAAAUAAAGAAUAACGGGACGCGAAAUUCUGAAGAACAUGACGAUAAUGAUCAACCUAAUACAGGUGAGAAAGCAAAAUUUGAUAACUCAAAAAAUAAGCAGCGACUGAAAGGUCUUGGAGAUAAAAUCGAUUGCUUUAAGGCUAAAUAUUUUGGUAAAAAUCCACUCGACAGUCCAUUUUUUAAAGAGGAUAUUAUUGCCAACCCAGAACCAAUUAAGACUCCUAAGUUAGAAACAUUUCAACUAAACAACUUUGGAAAGUUAUCAUCAAAUUUAAAUGGUGAUAGUUUUAAUGAUGCAACUGAUUUUGCUUUGUUACGAGAUAAAUUAAGCAACGGAUCAAUAGCACUCCAGGACUCUUUAGUUAAAGCAACAGAAGAACUAAAAUCUUCUGUUCUGUUGCCUUCCAACUUUAGUUUUUCAGAUACCACCCAGCAGAGUAAAGUAUAUGCAGAUAUUUUGGAAAAUAUUAAGCAAAAUUUUCAAGAUCCAUUUGUAAGACCAAGUAACGCAAAAGUUGUUGACCGAGUAUUCAAUACGUCUGUUGGUGACAACGAGGCAAAAAAUGUAACUGACGAGUCAUUAAAAAAUAGAGAAGAUGCAACAAACCCCCCUUCACUACUACGACGAAAGAGGGCUGCGCCUUUUGUAUACGAACCGUAUAAAAUUAUUAGGGAAGGCCAGGGCCAAGAAUCCAAAAAAACAACCACCACAGGUAACAUAAGUCCACUUAUUAAACAACUUCAAUCAAGUAAAAUUGUCGAAAAGGUGCUAAAUUUUAAUAAUGACAAAGAACAACCGGUCAAACGUAAUGUACGGACACGAACUUACAAAGACAUAAGUAGAAAAGAUAGAGAAAAAAAUGCUAAUAAGGACGAAAUAGGGUUUGUAGAUGUGAAUAUCGAUCAACGAAGAGGUGAACCAAGGUACGAGAUAAAACCUGCCAAUCACAAGACACAUUAUUCACCAGUUGAUCAUAAAAAAGCAAUGUCAGUUGAAGAUUAUGAAACACGAACCAACACAACAAUUAUGCCUACAAGAAAUAGGAAAUCAUCUAAAGCGAAGUUUGUAGAGUCAAGAUUUUCUCCAUCGUCUAUAGAAUCUGCCGCCUCUAAGACAGUGAACAGGGUAGUAAGUACUACAUCUGCACCUAAAAAAAUAAAAGAACCCCAAACACCGAUAGAAAGUGAAGAAAUUGGGGAAGAAUAUGAGGAAUAUGAAGACGAUGAAGAAGUCCCAAUAACGACCACUACCACAACAAUCAAACCAUCUUUUAGGAGAAGGGCGCGACCUACUACUACUACCGCAAAACCAACGGAAGUUGACGAAGAUGAAGAAGUUGAUGAUGCAGAAGAGCUACCCAAGCUACGCUUAAUUACAAGAUUUAACAAACCACAUAUAACUGAAAAACCUAUCAUAAAAAAAGAGUCAAUUAAAUAUAAACCCACUGAAAUUGAUACAACCGAUGAUAUCAGCGCCCCAAAAUAUACAGAGAAGAAAAAGAAAACUAGAAAAUCAACGUUAGUGACGGAUACCAAAAGAUAUGGAGAUGACGAUGACGAUAUGAUGAAAGAGGAAGUUGACGCAAUGAUUGGAGUUAAACAAAAUAUGAAUGACUAUGUGCCUAAUUAUGAGAAAGCAGCUGAUACCGUACUAGAAAACAUAAAAAAGAAAGUGCCUGAGUCAAGUGAAGAAGAUGAAGGAAGUGAGGAAGACGACGGAGAAAAUGAAGAUGAGGAGGACGAUGACGACGACGAAGACGAGGCGGAGGAUGAUGAUGAUGAAGCAUCACCUUCAUCUGAUGAAGAUGAAACAGAAAUAGAAACUCAUCCAGAACCUGUUGUUUUGACAACCCCUGAACCAACAAAACGUACUCUUCUUCGAACUACAGAAGCACCUAUCUCCACCACUGAAGCGCGUAGUGUAAACAUAGAUCUCAAACCAGUUAUCCAUAAAAAGAAAGUAGAAAUUCAUAAAGAAUUGCCGGUAAACAUGUCAGCUCCCCACGUUACGCAGUUUAGGCAAGACAUAAAAGAAGUAGAAAUAACUAAAGAACUGCCACAAAAACGCAAGAAACCACAAAAAAAUAUUGAAGCACUAAAUCUGUUCAAAGAUGAAACCUUAGCGGAAGAAAUAAAUAAAUUGAAGGAUGUAGAAAUAUUUAGAGAAAAUUUGGAUCUUAAGCAAGGACCUAGACAUGGAGGAAAUUAUCGAGCCGCUGAGAUAAAAUUAGAGCCAGUUGAAAGUUCAACACAAAAACCAUUGCGAAGAAAAGUUUCAGGACAACAGCGAGUCGUUCAGAAGCCUGAAAUUGAAGAACCAAAUAUACAGAAUGUCGAGGUUAAAUCGAAACGUGGUGGACACAUGAAGUUAAAAAAUGAUGUGCGAGUUAAAGACAACGAACCAGCAAAUGCAAAACAUAUUGAGCUAAGCGAAGUAGACCAAUCUCGAGCAUUACACGGAGGAAACCUGAAAUCUUUACAGGAUACUUACAAGUCCCGUGGAAACAAUAAGAGCGCAAAACUAAUUGAACUUGAUGAAGAAUACGAUAAUGAUGACGACUCAGAUAAAAUGCAUGGAUCGUAUGACAAUAACGGAUCAAGAGGUGGAUUGCACGGAGGCAACUAUAGAAGUGGCAAAUUGGUACAAGCAGAAGCACCUAAAGAUGAUUCAGGAAAAAAUUACAGACAAGAAUUACAAUCGAGAAGUAAAAAUAUAAAAAAUGGACGACACAGCGCUGCAGAAGUCCUAGAAGGAUUUGCAAAAGCUGUUCCUUUAUUGACAACUACGCCAAACUAUAUUAAAGACCCAAGUAAGCGCAUGUACUAUUAUGUCGAUACUUAGAAAAAUUAGAGCAUAAACGCCAUGACUGAACUGAUUUGUCUUAGUCUUCAUACAAAAAAUAUCGUCUGCGUUAAACACGCUAGAUGUAAUCAUAAAAGGUAUAUAUUUAUCUACAAGCUCAUAAAAAAAAAAUCGAAACUCGAUAAUGACUAGUUGAGGUCUGAGGUCUGGUCUCUCUAAUUUGUAUGAAAAGUAAGACGAUGCGUUGUUUUUUUUAAAUUAGGUUGUAAGUAGAAAGUGCCACUAAAUUUCGUAUCACUUUUGAUCAAAAUGUAAAAGUGUUCCACGAAAAAUUGAGAUUUGUCUCGUUUUUUUCUUUGCUAAUGAAAUCUUCUGUGAUAGAACUUGUUAACAUUGUUUAUUGUUAUAUUAAGUAAAUUUACUAACUGUUGUUAUACUUACUUAUUUAUAAUUUACUAAUUAAAUUUGUAAAAAAAUAUUGCCUUUGUUUUCUUUCAAUUUCAACAAUUCAAUCUUUCAAUAUUUGAAA